ACUGUCCCCAAAGCCAGCCGCUAGCUGAUCCGCGAGCCCUUCUCAGAGCCCCGAACCCCCAGGCUCCUGCCAGGUCCUGAAGGCCAAGGAACCCACGAGAUGCCAGGUCUGCUGAACCAGAUCACAGGGGCGGCCCUGCCCCUCACCGCGUCCGACGUCACCUCCUUCGUCAGCGGUUACGCCCUGGGGCUCACCGCCUCCCUCACCUAUGGCAACCUGGAAGCCCAGCCCUUCCAGGGACUCUUCGUGUACCCGCUGGAUGAGUACACCACGGUGAUCGGCUUUGAGGCGGUCAUCGCGGACCGUGUCGUGACGGUACAGAUCAAGGACAAAGCCAAAAUAGAGGGUGGCCACUUUGAGGCUACCGGCAUUCGAGCUGCGACUGUCACAGGAAAGGUGGCUCUGGACGAGGAUUUGGAGCGGAUCCUCUUUGUGGUCAACCUGGGGACCAUCGCCCCGAUGGAGAACGUCACCGUGUUCGUCAGCACCUCCUCGGAGCUCCCGACGCUGCCCAGCGGGGCUGUGCGGGUCCUCCUGCCUGCUGUCUGUGCCCCAACCGUGCCCCAGUUCUGCACGGACAGCACCGGCGCCCCCAGCCGGCAAGUCCACAGCAGAGACAAGCACUGCUUUGGCAGCCGGGCCCUGGACUCCUGGAACAGACUGUGCCUGUCGACACUCCUGGACACCGACGUGUCCAACCCCAUGGAAUACGAGUUCAACUUCCAGCUGGAGAUUCGUGGGCCCUGCCUGCUCGCAGGGGUAGAGAGUCCCACCCACGAGAUCCGAGCUGACGCCGCCCCGUCCGCAAGCUCGGCCGAGAGCAUCAUCGUCACCCUGGCCAACAGGCACACCUUCGACCGGCCCGUGGAGAUCCUCAUCCACCCCAGCGAGCCCCACAUGCCACAUGUCCUGAUGGAGAAAGGGGACAUGACCCUGGGGGAGUUCGAUCAGCACCUGAAGGGAAGAGCAGAUUUCAUCAAAGGGAUGAAGAAGGACAGCAGUGCAGAGCGAAAGACAGAAAUCAUCCGGAAACGCCUCCACAAGGACAUCCCCCACCAUUCCGUCAUCAUGCUCAACUUCUGCCCCGACCUCCAAUCAGUCCAGCCGAACCUGAGGAAGACCCGUGGGGAGUUUAUCUUCCUCAUCGACAGGAGUGGCAGUAUGAAUGGGACCAACAUCCAACGCGUCAAGGAUGCCAUGCUGGUGGCUCUUAAGAGCCUCAUGCCAACCUGCCUCUUCAAUGUCAUUGGGUUUGGAUCCACGUUUAAAACCCUCUUCCCUUCCAGUCAGACCUACAAUGAGGAGAACUUGGCCAUGGCCUGUGAUAACAUCCAGAAAAUGCGAGCUGACAUGGGUGGCACCAACAUCCUCUCCCCGCUCAAGUGGGUCAUCCGGCAGCCAGCGCUCCGAGGCUACCCGAGGCUUCUCUUCCUGAUCACAGACGGUGCCGUCAACAACACGGGGAAAGUGCUGGAGCUGGUGCGAAACCACGCCUUCUCCACCAGGUGCUAUAGCUUUGGAAUUGGACCCAACGUCUGCCAUAGACUGGUGAACGGGUUGGCAACUGUGUCCAAGGGCAGCGCUGAGUUCCUGGAGGAGGGGGAGCGGCUGCAACCCAAGAUGGUCAAAUCCCUGAAGAAGGCUAUGGCCCCGGUCCUGAGUGAUGUGACUGUGGAAUGGGUCUUCCCCGAGACCGCUGAGGUCCUGAUCUCACCUGUCAGCACCAGCUCCCUCUUCCCUGGAGAACGGCUGGUGGGAUAUGGCAUUGUAUGCGACGCCUCUUUAUACAUCUCCAAUCCUAGAACUGACAAGAGAAGGCGAUACAGCAUGCUGCCCUCUCAGGAGUCCGGCAGCUCUGUCUUCUCCCACUCACAGGAUGAGGAGCCCAACCCAGACAGCGGGGACUGUGUCAGGAGCGUGGGGGCACCGCUCAACCCGAGACAGGCCAAAGACGCCCAGCCGUCCAGCGGAGACUCUGCCCCCAACCCUGGUCUAGACCUCUCCCCGCGACGGCGGGCAUAUAGCACCAACCAGAUCACCAACCAUAAGCCCACCCCAAGGACCCUCACAGCCAGUGACCCCACAACGGCUACCAGGAGAUACCCACUGCGGAAGACCAAGCUGCAGGACCUCACCACCCAGACCAGCCUGGAUGCUCCGUGGUGGCAGAUUGAUUUGCAGCCCUUGCUGAACGGUGGCCCGGACCUCAGCCAGGGUCCCAAACUCCGGGGUCCAGGGGCUCGCAGGCCCUCCCUGCUGCCCCAAGGCUGCCAGCCCUUCUUACCCUCCAACCAGGAGACCCAGGCCUGGAGCCCCAUGAAAGAGUUGGAUCUUGGGUCCAAUUUGAAGCCUGCCUCAGACAGCCGCAGCCCUGGGGACCUGGAGCCGUCCCAUCACCCCUCUGCCUUCGCGACGGAGACGUCCUCGGACUGGGAGCCCCUGGCCGAGUCUGAGGAGCGGGCCAGUCCCAGCAGGCCCGCCACCCCAGGCCCCGUGCUGGGCAAGGCCGUGGUCAAGGGCCUGCGGGACAGCCAGCAUUUGCAGUGGGAAGUGAGCUUCGAGCUGGGGCCUCCCGGCCCGGAGAGGAAUGGCGCGCAAGAGCCCGACCUGUGGAGCGAGACCUUCCACCACCUGGCAGCGCGCGCCAUCAUCCGGGAUUUCGAGCAGCUGGCGGAGCGAGAGGGUGAGAUUGAGCAAGGGACCAGCCGCCGCUACCAGGUGAAUGCCGUGCACGCCAGCAAGGCCUGCAACAUCAUCAGCAAGUACACGGCCUUCGUGCCCGUGGACAUAAACAAGAGCCGCUACCUGCCCACCGUGGUGGGGUACCCCAACGCCGGUGCUGCUUUGCGGAUGGUCAGCUCUCGGGUCCUGACUCGACAGUGGAAGGGCACUUCUGGUUUCGGGCGCUCCCAGACCAUGCUUGGAGAAGACUCAGCUGCAGGGGACAGCAAAUAUCAGAAUCUAAACCUGGAGGAAAGCGCCCCGGCGCCCUUUGGUGAGAACAUAGCCCGCGAGAAGUACGCUCCUCCUGAAGGUCCCCUGCGAGGUUUGACCACCAACACCCUUUCUUCCUUGAAGGCCUCAGACACUCUCUUUGGAUCCAGGUUGAGUCUCAACAAGUCUAGGCUGUUGACACGAGCAGCCAAGGGCUUCCUGGGCAAACCACUGACCAAGACUCCAGACUCAGCCCCAGGGAACCAGAGCUCUGACUACAUCCCGCUGGUGUCUCUGCAGCGGGCCUCCGGGGCCUUCCUGCUCAACCAAGCCUUCUGCGAGGCCGUCCGCGUCCCCAUGGAAAAGCUCAAGUGGACCUCGCCCUUCACCUGCCACCGGGUGUCGCUCACCGCCCGCCAGCCCCCGAGCCCCCAGCCGUGCGCCAGCCCCGCGCCCCCGCACCCCUCCCACGACGGCCUCUCCCAGGAGCCCCUGGCCGAGGGCAGGCCGGGCCAGGAGCCCAGGGCGGUGGCGGAGCACGUGGGGAAGCUGUGGGCCACCGUGGUGGCGCUGGCAUGGCUGGAGCACAGCUCUGCCUCCUACUUCGUCGAGUGGGAGCUGGUGGCCGCCAAGGCCAGCUCGUGGCUGGAACAGCAGGAGGUGCCCGAGGGCCGCACGCAGGACACGCUCAAGGCUGCCGCCCGCCAGCUCUUCGUGCUCCUGAGGCACUGGGACGAGAACCUGGAGUUCAAUAUGCUCUGCUAUAACCCGAAUUACGUGUAGGGGGGCGCUGGGGAGGCUGGGGUGGCGUGGGAGAGGGAGGGGAGCCCCGUGGGCCUGGUAAGCGGCACUCCUGAGAACUACAGCCAAUAUACUGUUGCUAGAAGGAGUCCCAGACUGGCGAUCGGGAGGCCUGGAUUCAACGCCAGCUUUGCUACCACCCACCUGUGUGACUUUAGGCCAGCCCCGCCUCCUUUCUGGGCCUCAGCGUCCCCACCCGUAAAGAAGUGGGCGAGGGGAGGGAGUUGGACUAGGUCUCAAGAAUGUCCAGAUUCCUUUCUGCCUGGACUUCCGGGGAGCCACGGAAUUGACUGUCGCUGGGGGUUGGGGAAAGACUACAUACAGUUUAAAUCUCAGUUCUCUCUGGAGGAGGAGCACACCCGACCCCCGACCCAGGUAAAGGAUGGAUAAACAGACCCAAAACCUGAAAGUAACCAGACCUGCAAGCUUGCAUCUAGGCAGGGGGAGACCACCUCCGCCAGCUGCAUUCUGGGACAGGCCCUUGACUCCACGGUGACAGUCCAGGACCCUAAAUCCCACCAACAAACUGCCUGGAGAACCAUCCUCCCCAGGACUUUACGACAGUCACCCGGGGAACUUUUAUUUUGGCUUGGAAGCCCUUCCUAUAUUUUAGUGUUGGUCUGCAGAUUGUGACUUCCUAUUUAAAAAGAGGACAAGGGAAGAUUCCCUGCAAGCUGAGGUUUAGCAUAAAGCCACAUUCUGUGCAAAACCAGUCCCAAAAGAAGAGCCAUGGUCACAGAAGUCAGUGGAGAAGUCAGAGAACUCCUUAAGUAAUCGAUAUACACUUUCCGGAAAGACGUAAUGCAAGCUCUAUCCACUUGUCCUGAGGGGCUAGAGAGGCACCCGGUGUCAGCUGCAUUCUGGGAUAGUGGAGGCCUUCUCUUGCCAUAGCACGCGGUGAGGGAGAGAGGGGCCUUCUUUGCAACAGAGCCCCAUGCUUGGCUGCAGUGCGUUUGGGGAUGCUGGCUUCAGCUGGGGGGGCCGCGAUUUAGUCAGUGAAGUGAAAGACUCUUGAAGCUUCCAAGCAGAGAGCCCCUGGGAACUUCCCUCUCUCAGGCCCGCGUGGGGACAGGUGUGUCCCAGCCUGGGAUUCCCCCAUGGCCCGUGCCCAGUCACCUCUGCCUGCAGACUCCCUUGGGGGUGGGUCUGGACCUCACCCGGGAAGCCCACCAGCUUGAGACCCCAGGCUGAGUCCACACCCUUGCCCACCCCACUCUCCAAGGCCUUAAUCUCUUCUCACCAAGUGGUCCCUUCUGGCCCAGGACCCUGGCGCGCAGCCUCCCCUUGCCAGAUGUCCCCCUUCAUCUGGAUGACCCCACGGAUCAGACCCCUUCACGAAGCCCCACAAAGACCCAGUGCCCAGUCUCAAGGGGGGAGAGAGACAGCGGGGUCAGCAGGACACCCAUCGCACCUGGAGAAAAGGCAGCCCGCUCAGGUGGUGGUGCCCCACCCUGCCCGCCCCCAUCCCGUUGCAGAGCCCUGCCCUGUCCUCCUGCUGGGCUUCAAGGUCUUCCAGGCCGGCUCUCACCUCACCCGCCCUUCGAGGCUCUCACCUAGAGACUGGUGACACACUCCCCAGGGCGGGGACGGGGCUGGAGAUUUCACAUCAGGUCCCAUCUGCUGCUUGGCUGGCUGUUGUGCUUCAGACCUGCCCGCUGGGGAAGAACCCAGCCAGGCAGUCACCCACCCGAAGAGGGAUGGAGGGCUGGGAGCUAGCUCCGGACCUCGUCACCAAUGCAGCCAGCAGCCCCAGCUUCAGGGGAAGGAGGACGGGCGUGCCAUCCCCCGUGAAUGGAACUACUGUCAGACUGAGAGCUGAAAUGCCUGGCACUAGUUUGGGCAAGUGGCUUCCCCUCUAGGGGUGCCCUGGAGCCAGGAAGCAGGGGCUUUCUCCUGCUCUGACAGUCCCAGAUUCUCCACCUCUGAGAUGGUGACCUUGACGUGCUUGUCUGUGUGAUCUUGAACAAGUCCCGUGUGCUUUCUGGGCCUCUUUCCCCCUCCACCAUAACCAGCUUGGGACGGGGCUGUCCAGCUUCCUGUUAGCCUGCUUCUGGGUCUCUAAGCUCAGUGCGGACAAAGACCUGGGCUCAGGUGGUCCAUUACCUGCCCAGUGUAAAACCAGUGCUGUGAGACCCCUGGAAGGAGGAACUGAGAAGCCCAGCAGGGAGCCACCGCAGACCCUGCCCCAGGAGCAGCUGCUGGAGCCCUGGACAGCUUUGAUGCACAAGCAAGUUGAUGACCUCUGCACUUACCACUUCCCCUACCCAGCACCCAAAGAUGCAGAAGAACAAAUCCUCCUUGACUUCAGAUAACCCAAGGGCUUUGGGGGACAUCUGGAUAAGAGACUUUGUUUAAAGAACUCCAGUGGUAUUGACAUGACAUGGGUCUCAGAAAUCUGCCUCCAGGAUUGCCAAGCAAAGGACCAAAGGGACUAGUUCUAAGGAAGAGGGAAGAACCUUAGGUAAAUAGUACAAAAGUUCUUGUGUAGAUGAACCAUUGCCCCUGUAAUCAGGAUUGAUGUGGAUUAAUCUGGAUUCUUUGUUAACCUGGUCCUUGCUUUCUAGGUCAUGCAGAAGGUCAUUUAUGUCCUGCCUGGCUCAAGAAUCAGGAGGAUACAAAUGCUUAAUGGUACAGCUCAAAAGAACGCGGAGCUGAAAGCUGGGGGAUUUAAGUGUCGUUCUAAGCUCCACCACUAGUGUGCCGUGUGACUUCUGGCAAGUUGCCCACUUCCUCUGGGCCCCAUUUCACCCUUUGGAGGAGGAGGAGGUGGCACUAGCUCAGCAUUUCCAGCGCUAUUUCUUGGUGGAUAGGAGAAUUAGCAAUUCAUGAGAAACUGUCCAGCAGGCAAAUAUGUUAGCGAAGUACUAAGAAAACAGAUUUCUUCAAGUCAGGGCAACUCAGUCCCAUGAAUGUAUAAGUAUGCAUUGUCAGUCUCCAGGAGGUGAUUCGGGUCUCUCUCCCCAGGUUAUUUAGUUGGGAACAUGCUGCUAGAUCUCCCUUCAGGUUCUUCAGGCACUGACAUUCAAAAAGUCUUUCAGUUCAGUUCAGUCGCUCAGUCGUGUCCAACUCUUUGUGACCCCAUGGAUUGCAGCACGCCAGGCCUCCCUGUGCAUCACCAACUCCCAGAGUUUACUCAAACUCA